UGAUCCAAAAAGGAACAGCAUCCACUUCAGGACUACCCAUGGUCCUGGUGCAGCAGAGUCCUCGGACCAGUGGUGACGUGGAAAGAAACCAUAGGAACAAGAGGAAUAGCAGCACCGCAUCAGAGGAGAACAAGCUGUGGUGCUCACAUGGCCCAUCCUUGGUAAAACGGCCUGGACAACAACAGCUUUUAAGCGUUGCAAUGAACCUCCACCGAGGAGGGUAAAGAAGUGCCUACUGAAAGAUGGGACAACCCUCCCUAUCCACAUGGUACUAAAGUAACAUACAGAUGUCGGCCUGGAUAUAUAAAACUUGGACGAAUCGUAUUUGAGUGUGCUGAUGGAGCAUGGAAACAACUCUUCCCAGGGAUAGAAUGCAGAAAUAAGCCUGUGGACAUCCUGGAUAUUGAGUUUGGUUCCUUUGAACUUACCAGUGGAAGUGAAUUUGUAUUUGGUGCCAGAGUGGAGUACAGAUGUAAUGAUGGAUACUGGAUGCUCAGCCAAAGAAAUUACCGUGAGUGUCAGGCAGAUGGAUGGAGCAAUGACAUCCCUCACUGUGAAGUGGCGAAGUGUUUACCUGUACAAGCACAGAAAAUGGAAUAAUUACAACUGUGCAUUUGAGCUCGGCCAAGAACAUUCUUUUGGCCAGGUUGUAAAAUUUGAAUGUAAUGCAAAAUACAGUCUUGUUGGAGCUAAAGAAAUUAUUUGCUCUUCUAAUGGAAAAUGGAAUAGUGAUGUGCCUCAGUGCCAAGAAAUUAUCUGUGAUGUGCCAAAAAUUCCGCAUGGAUAUGUACGGUCUCCAAAGGCAUCUUACAAGGAAACUGAACAAGUACAGUUUGCCUGUGAUAAAGGAUACAGAUAUGGUGAAAGAGCAGAUGCACGAUGUACAGCAUCAGGAUGGAAUCCAACCCCCUAUUGCACUGAAAUUAUAUGCUCUCCCCCAAGAAUUCCCAAUGGGAACUUUAGACCUCAAGGAGACAACUACAAAGAAGGUGAUAUAAUCACAAUACAGUGUAAUCCUGGAUAUCAUUUUAGAACAUCAACUGGCAAAAGCACAGCUGAAUGCACCAAGAAUGGCUGGGUGCCUGAUCCAGGUUGUGUCCAGAAACCGUGUGACUACCCAGCUAUAGAAAAUGGCAAGUUAAGUUACUCACUGGAGUACUACAAAGAUUAUUACUUUCCAAUGAGGUUUGGGCAGCACGCUGAUUACCACUGCAAUACCGGUUAUUCAACUCCAAGUGGAAGAUCCUGGGUUCGGAUGGUCUGUUCUGAAAGAGGCUGGUCUCCAGAGCCAAAAUGCCUCAAAACAUGUCAUGUCAGACACCUGGAAAAUGGUUAUUUCUCAAGUAGACAAAACAUUUACAAGGAAGGUGAAAGAGUUAUCUAUAUCUGCAAUGAUGACUAUCAGACUGAACGUGAAGAUGGGGAAGUCACAUGCACAAAGGGUGACUGGUCACCUCGUCCAAGAUGUAUCCGUAAAAAAAAAUGCCAGACUAUCCAUUUUGACAAUGGUUACUUCUCCUUGCAAAGGACAGAAUUUAAUAUACAGGAGAAAGUCAACUACCGUUGUCACACUGGCUAUGUAACUCCACAAUUACGAGAAACAGGAGUGACAGAGUGUCGAGAGAAUGGCUGGACGCCACCUCCAAAGUGCAGCAAGUCAUGUAAAUCACCUCAUGUGGACAUUUUGAAUUACCACGCAAAUAAAACUGUGUUCAUGCCCGAAGAUACAAUUGAGUAUGCAUGUUUGGAGGGAUAUCAAACUGCAAAUAAUAUGCCAACUGGUACUACAAGGUGUGGCAUAAAUGGUGAAUGGAAUCCAGAGCCUCAAUGUCUUGCAAUAGAAUGUGAAAUGCUAACAUUGCCCAAUGGAGACUUUUCUCCCAAGAAGGGUAAAUACCGCAACGGAGAUGUUGUGAAAUUCAGCUGUACAAACAACUACGUGAGAGUAGGACCUGCCUCUACUCAGUGCUAUUACUUUGGAUGGUUUCCACCACCACCUGUGUGUAAAGUGAAUGCCAAAGGCUGUGGACCUCCACCUGAGAUUACCAAUGGAAGUAUUGCUGGUGGCUCUAUGAAACGGUCUCAUCAUGGUGACAGAAAGCAAUAUGAAUGCAACAGUGAAUUGAAAUUGGUUGGAUCAAAGGAAAUAGAAUGUGUUGAUGGACAGUGGUCAUCUCCUCCCUCUUGCAUUGAAGACAAAAUGCCAUGUGGAUCACCUUCCUCUAUUACGAAUGUUGUUCUUCAUCAGGAAGACCAGCCACAGUUUUCCCAUGGUGAUGAAGUAAUGUGUGGAUGUAAAGAAGGCUCUGGCAAUUCUAAGGAAAUGAAAAUAAAAUGUCUUAAUGGGGAAUGGAAGCCUUUACCGCUUUGUGCUGAUCCAUCCCCUCAGUGUGUUCUUCCCACCGGUGUUGAGCUUGUGCAGAAUGGUCAUCUUCACAAGUCAAAAAAGGAGCCUGGGUUCCAUGGAGUUAUACAUUACAGGUGUACAUCAGCUGACAGAAGGAUUAAAAGGGCAACUUGCGUGUCUGGAAGAUGGUCACCGGAGAUUGAAUGUAUAGCUGAGGGUAGCACAUGCCCACCUCCACCUCAGCUGCCUGGUACUCAACAGAUAACAGUCGGAAGAAACUACAAGAAUGGGAGUAAAGUAGCUUUUUCAUGUCUGAAGAGUUUACAUCUCAUUGGCGUGAAUGAAAUAACAUGUAUAGAAGGGAAAUGGCAAUCACCACCUCACUGUGUGGAAAGACCAUGUUUGCCACCACAACCCGUAGAAUGUGCUGAUGAUCCCAGGCUGGAAAAUCAAAACUUAAAAAUUAAAAAAGAAGGGAAAACAAUUUAUCUGGCUGGUGCCAGACUUAAGUAUGCUUCUCGUCCUGGAUACAAGUUAGAUGGACCAUCAGAGAUAACUUGUGCUAUGGGAAACUGGACUUCAGCUCCUACAUGCUUGGAAAUGCCAUGUGGAAGUGUUCCAAAAGUUGCCAAUGCUCAAACGGAAGGCAGAAACAAGGAAGUUUAUGAGCCUGGUGAAACAAUUCGCUACCAGUGUGAUGCAGGGUUCCUGAUUGUUGGCCUCCCCGAAAUUAUUUGCAGAGAAGGAAACUGGACAGCACCACCCAUCUGUGAAGAUGUUACUUGUGGAGCUGCACCUGAAAUUCCCCAUGCGUACAUCACAAGCACCCAACAGGAGAGGUAUCUGCCCGGUGCCAGAGUGCACUUUGAAUGCAAAAGCAAUUUUCAGAUGAUGGGUGGAAAUUAUGUCAUGUGUACAAAUGGAGAAUGGUCACAAGCACCAACUUGCAGAGAUGUGACAUGUAAACCUCCCCCUGAAAUCGCUGGUGGUAAAGUUCAAGGUGUUAAAAAGUCGAGGUACUUGCCUGGGGAGAGUGCUCGCUAUCAGUGCUGGCGAGGUUUUGAGAUGACUGGGGCUUCCACCGUGGUGUGUCAGAACGGGACCUGGACAGAGCUGCCAACGUGCAGAGGGAAAGAUGGGAAAUGUGGCUCGCCUCCGGUUAUUGAAAAUGGAGACCUUCUGUCCUUCCCAAUGCAAGAAUACCCGGAGGGUGCAACUCUGGAAUACAAAUGCCCAAACCUCUAUGUCCUGGAAGGAUCUCAGUAUAUCACCUGCACUGAUGGGCAGUGGACAAGCCCCCCGGUUUGCCUAGUGGCCUGUACAGCAUCUGAAGAAGACAUGGGCAGAAACAAUAUUGAGCUGAAAUGGAUCACAGGAAGAAAGCUGUAUUCCAGAUCGGGUGACUUUAUUGAAUUUCGGUGUAAAAGAGGCUAUUUGGAGGACCCAGCCUCUUCCUCGUUCAGAGUAGAGUGUGUGGAGGGGACAUUAGAAUAUCCACAGUGCAAGCCAGCAAAGGACUGUACCCUGAGUGAGAGGUUGAUGGAAAUGAACCACAUUCAACUACAGUCAUCAAGCUGGUUGAGCCCCUCCACCUUCCACACUGGGGAUUAUAUUUUCUUUGAAUGCAAACGGUUACACCGGCAAGUUUCACGCCCUGAGAAAUUUAGAGCCGUGUGCCAGGAUGGAGUGAUUACGUAUCCUACAUGUGAAUACGCAGGGAUUUUCGGAUAAAUGGAAAUGGCAUGAAGGAGCCCAGCUCUGCCAGUGAAGGAUCUCUCACCGACCUCAUGAUUUGAGCUCAAUUUUUCCUGGCAAUUUCUGUUCCAUUGUGAUUUCUUUGCAGCUUAGGCAAUGUUCUGUCUUGGAAUUUGUUGUUGUUUUUAUUAUCGGAUGAUUGUGUUUACAUUUUAUCCACAUUUUAUCCUUUUUUUUGUAAAUGUGUUUACAUUUUGUCCAUCCAAAUAGUUGUGUUUGCAUUUUAUGCAGUCUGUAUUGAUCUCACUGUUAGUUUUAUUAACCAUCUUGUCCUGAAAUAGGCUGGCUUCGGUGGCAUACCAAGACAGGAGUUUAACUAUUGAAUAUUCAUGUCGACUAUUAAUAUAGGUUGAUUUCUCUACGAGGAAAAAAAAGAACUACCUUUGUUAUUUCCUUUGCUGGAUUUUAAUGGAGAUUUCAAAACAGGUAAAUCUCUGCUUUGACAGUCCCGUAACGAAAUAACUGGACAUAUUUUCUUAGAUUAUUAUGUGAAGAGAGCACAGUUGACCUGACUUUCUGAGCACAGACAGGUCUUUUGUUGCAGGGACCUGGAGAGGAGGGAAUCCUUCAGCUUAAGACCAGAUAAAUCAACACUGAAUGUCCUUUAGAACAAUGGGCUCCAAAGUGGUGUGCAGGCACCCCUCGGGGUUUGGAAGAUGAUCCAUUGCGUUGCAGGAAUAAAAUAUUAGAACUUCUAUUUAUAAUUAUUUUUUGCCAAAGAAAAAAAAAAAUUUGACAGUGGUGGUUUCACUUUGUCUGCAUGUCAAAGGGUUGGUUCCAUGUCACAUCUGGUGCUGAUGGGGUAGAUCGGGUGCUCCACAAUGCGGAGCUGUUCACAGUGGCGCCCUCAUUCAUCCACCUGCAGCAUGUUGCAAUGUAUUGCAGUUUAUAUGUGCCCAUUGAAGUGUAUUUAUUUGUGGAUUAUAUUUAGUUUUAACAACGUAAAAGAUAACACACAAUCUAACAAGAAUGUGACAAAUCUGACACUUCUAGUAUAAACUUUUCAUUGGCCACAUUAUGAGGUAAAAACCAGUGUCUCUCUAAUCACACCUGACAUGAAGUUGAUCCAAAAAAAUUCGAAAUUGUGAGGAAGACUAUUUGAAAUAGGGAUUUAAAUCCACUACUGUUAAUGAUGAACGUCCUACCCUGGCUAUAGACAGAGAAAAGACGUGGCAGUCUGGUGGAGAUACAAGAAAACUGUAUGCAGUGUUAGUAACAGAAUGAGAAGAAAUCUUAACAAUAUGAACAUGAACAAUAUUAACCAUUAUUAUGAACACAGUGCUAGUGAUAAUGUAAUGAGAAACAGAAUACAGUGAUCAGCUAAAUCACCUACCUGUACUGCAAACUCCAAGUAAAAAAACCAUGAUGAAAUCCAAGUUGUAUAAAUGCAAAGAUUCUUUUUAGCACCUUCUGUACUACUGCACUGAAGGGACAUUGCUGAGGGUCCUCACACUUUUAAAGUGCGUCUUGCUGCCUUGGAGGGAGAGCAGAGCACUGCCCCACUGCCACCUCAUUGCAGCUCCUUUUUCUUCAGGAAUCCAGCUGCAACUCUCUUUUCUUGAGAAUACCAGUGACAGCACAUCAGCAAAUGUAAAAUCCCUGGUAAGUUAGUAAGUUAGAAACAAACAACAUAAAAGCCAAAUAUAUUGCCACCAUCUUUUCUUGCCCUCUUUCCUUGCCUCUAGCAGAAAGAGACAAUGGAAUUACUUUCUUUGCUUCUGACCAUAAACUUUCUGGUAAACAAGCAUGUAUUUUUCUCAAUGAAAGAAUAGCAUUCAGAUGAGUAGUUGCCCUAUCACCAGUGAAUUAAAAGUUCAGUCCUUUAUUUUACCAGUGGCACGGUUCAGUAUUUAUUUUGUGGGUGAGUGUGUAUAUGUGAGAAAUGAAUAAGGAAGUCAAUUCUUUUAUAUGCAAAGCAGAAUUAAUGAAAAUUAAGGUAAUUUUAUGGCUUUACUCAGGUUACUGAGAAGUAUCAGUUUCAGAAUGCAGGAUCUCAAGAACAGUUUGAUUUCCAAAAGUAGUAUUUUUUUUCUAAACAGACAGUGAGGACGAGGUUCUGGCUGCAAUGACCCUGAUGCAGUUCUUGGCAUGGAUACACACAGUGGACCAUGACAAAGUAUUGCAGAUCUGUGUUUUGGUUUCCAAUCUAUAAAGUGCAUAAAGCUUACUUGUGCCUAAGAGAGGUCUUCUGUUAUUAGUAAAAUAGAGGGAGUUGCUUUAUGUUAAUCUCAUCAAGAAGAGAAAUAGUGCUUUGUUAUGGUAGUGCAGACAGCAAGUGAGAGUCCAGCAGAAAUUUGCUUCUACUGCUGGUUAUCUCAGUCUAAAUUUCAGCAACAAAUGAACCCACAGAUUACACAGACCUUUGAUUGACAUUUUUGUACUCAAAUAACCAAUAUGAGCAGCCAAACUGUAACAAAUGGUUCAGUCGCAUAAACAGAGGCUAUUCUCAUUCACAUCUGCUGUCUGGUCAUUUUCAGAAAUACCAUGUGAAAGGUUCCCAGGAGCCCCACAUAUCCUUAGAGAAAAAUGCAGGAACAGCAGGAAGGUAGUUAUUGAAGGAAGCCCUGUUUUGUUGUUACCAGAUGGCUGGUUAUUACCUGUGAGAUAGAGAAGAAGUGGACCACACCACCUAAAUGUACAGCCAUUGAUUUUCACUCUAGAAACUGUAUUUUAUUUUAUAAUGUAAUAAAAAAGGGCAUUGGGAAAUACUGACCAGUCAAAUAGUUUGGUGGUUGACUUUCACUUAGGCUGUUCAGAAGACUGAGACAGAAUAUGGUUUAGUUCAUUAACAAAUGAACUCUUGUAACAACAGUCAUAAUGCUACACACAAUCAUAAUUCUAUGCUUGUCUGAGAAAGCCACUCUGACCAGCACCAUGCUUUAUACUCAGGUAGGCAAAUGAUAGGCUGCACUGUUCUGUCCAUGAGCACAAGCAUUUGCAGAAUCAUAGAACAGACCUCUGGAGGUCAUCAGCCCUCCUCCUCAGGCAGGGUCACCUGGAGCAGACUGUCCAGGACCAUGUCCAGAAGGCUCCUGAAUAUCUCCAAGGAAGGAGACUCCAUAACCUCCCUGGGCAAACAAAGUAUUUCCUGAAUUUCAGAAGGAAUCUGUGUUUCAGUCUGUGCCCAUUGCCUCUUGUCCUGGCACUGGACACCCCUGAAAAAGGUCUGAGUCUGUCUUCUCUGCACCCUCCCUUCAGGUGUUUAGAAACAUUGAUGAGAUCCCCUCUAAGCUCCCCUUCUUUAGGCUAACCAGCCGCCUUCAGGAUGAAGAAUAAUUUGUAGGCAAGGAAAUUAGUCACAGCUAACAGAAUGCAAAGGUAAUUUGCCUUCUAGUUGUACAGCCUAUGAAGAAUCCGGUCUUGUUUACUGCAAAAACUAAACUUCAUUUUCUGUAAAUGUUAGUGCAUCUAUUAACAUUUAGUGCACUAAAACACAUUGUGCCUUUUCAGCUUUUCCUGUAAACACAUCUGAAAAUAUGUUCUCACUUUGUGAUUUGGAGCUGUUGGCACACCUUCUAUGCAAAUAUGGAAGGCACACCUUCCAGCAUCCUGGAAAUAGACUCCCAUUUCUCUGCCUUUCCUACACUCACAGCAAUAUGUCACAGCUGAAUGAUAUUAAAUGUGGAUAAGGUGUGU